CCUUCGGUCUUUGAAGUCGCAAGCAUCAACCAUGAAAACCUUUGUCGUCCUCGCUGCUCUCGUGGCCGUCUCUUCGGCAGGAUUCAUCGGAGGUAGUUCUGGUGGACACGGUGGAGCCGAUGAGGACAAUGCGGCGCUUUCUGCCGUCGGACUUUCCCGACUCCUGGGCGGAGGAGCUUCCCACGGACACCUAGCCGCCGCAGGUGGCGCGUCCUACACCAUCUCUGGACCCACUCAAGAGAUCAAAUCCGUCCAUAAAAUCACAACCACCAGCUCUGGAGGACACGUUCUCGCUCGUACCGGAGGAUCUGGCGGUCAGGGAGGAGCUGCUAAGAUCAUCCUCAUCAAGAGUGGUGGUGCUUCCUCCGGUGGACACGGAGGAUGGCAGCAGCAGGAAGCCGGAUGGCAACAGCAGGAAGCCGGAUGGCAACAAGGAGGAUGGUAGUUCUGUGAUCGGAGCUUGAUCCAGCAAUGCACCAUAGCCACCCUGUAAAUGUAAAUCCUGUAAUUAAUGAACACCGUCGAACAAUAAUGAUUGUACAAUAAAUAGGUCCAUCGAAUUCUGAGAACGAUUCACCCA